AUGGACCGGCUCCAGGUUUCCAUGGCAAAGGCGCACAAACAGGAGGAAACACUGAGGGAAUCCCGUUAUUUUACAGCAUUGAAGCAUUAUAAACACCCAGAGCGGGGAAGGAAGCCGCUCUUGAUACACAAGUAAUCCUUAUAGAGCUCUAGGAAGGGGGACUUCAUACCAGAAGCGCUGCUGUGGCUGCUGGGGCUGCGUGUUUCUCCAAAAGAAAAGGACAUUUGCGCACAGCUGCUGUGUCGCAGCUUGAACUUUUUUAACACUUACAGAGGUUUUUCAUCGACCUUCUUUCAACAUCUUUUUUUAAACUGAAGAGAGCUACUUCUGCUUUGACUUUCAGCGGAAAGUAUUUUUCCUUUUUAUUUAUUUUUUCGCUUUUUCUCCCAGAUGUUUAGAGAGACUUGGAGGCUGGCACAGUACCACACCAUGAGGUCGAUGGAUCAAGAUGACCCCAACCUCACACCUCACAAAAUCUUCAAUCCUGAGUCUGAGCAGGUGUACCCCCUGCAGGAGGCCUCGCCGUACGGCCUCAAGUCCUGCAGCCCCUCCUACAUCGACCACAACAUCACAGAGGUUCUCUCGGGAUAUGAGAACCAGGAGGCCCGACACUACCUGGACAGCACCCGGCCUGCAGGCCUGGCCCUGAGCCCCCGCAUCGAGAUCACCCCGUCCCGCGAGCACUACAACUAUGUCCGGGAUUCCCUGCAGAACCAGAACCUGAACAUCAGCCCCCGACCCACCCUCACCGUGCCGGGCCAUGACAGCCUCACCUACCGAGAGCCUCAGUGCCUGAGUCCCGCUAGCAGCAACUCCUCCACCAGCUGGCACUCUGAGAGCUACUCCCCCUGGACGUCCCCCUGUGUGUCCCCCAGCAGCGGCCAGAACCCCGGAGACCUGUGCCCCAGAUUACAGAACAUCCACACUGGCUCCCCCCGUACCUCCCCGGGAACCUCGCCCCGCACCAGCCUAGCGGAGGACGGCUGCCUGGGGGCCCGCUCGCCCUCCUCCAGACCCAGCUCCCGCUCCACCUCCCCGCAGGGCAAACGCACCUACGACAUGUACAGGAACCCGGGCCUGGUCCUGGGGCACCGCUCCCGCAGCCCCUCUCCCCACAGCGGCCAUGAAGAUCACAACAUAAGCGCCCACUAUACACACAGCAGCCUGGCCGAGGCCAUGAAUGGUUUUGGCCCCGGUCAGCAAGGCCUCAUGCCCACUAAAAUAGUCAAGACGUCCAACCAGGUUUACACUCUGUACCCAGAGAACCACGCAGAAGGGAACUACCUGGUCUCCUGCGACCAGGACUUAAAAACCACAGAGCCUUUCUUUGUUAUCCCCCCAAUCUGGUCCAAGCCGCUGGUUUCCAGCAUCCGCAGCAUCCCUGUGGCUUCUCUCCCUCCUCUGGAAUGGCCGAUGCCCAGACGCACGGACCAGUAUGAACUCCUCAUCGAGGUGCAGCCCAAACCGCACCACAGGGCUCACUAUGAGACGGAGGGAAGCAGGGGGGCGGUCAAAGCCCCCACAGGAGGACAUACUGUUGUGCAGUUACAUGGCUACAGAGGCAAGGAGCCACUUGGCCUGCAGAUCUUCAUUGGUACAGCAGAUGAGCGCAUCCUCAAGCCGCACGCCUUUUAUCAAGUGCACCGCAUCACUGGGAAGACGGUUACCACCACCAGUUAUGAGAAGGUUAUCCACGGCACCAAAGUCCUUGAGAUCCCACUGGAGCCAAAGAACAACAUGAAAGCAAUAAUCGACUGUGCAGGGAUCCUGAAGCUCAGGAACGCCGACAUCGAGCUGAGGAAGGGCGAGACGGACGUCGGUCGGAAAAACACGCGUGUUCGUCUUGUGUUUCGUGUGCACAUACCUCAACCCGGAGGACAGCACGUCUCUCUCCAAGUGGCCUCGCAUCCCAUCGAGUGCUCCCAGCGCUCGGCUCAUGAGCUUCCCAUGGUGGAGAAGCAGGACCUGGACAGCUGCUCCGUGCUCGGAGGCCAGCAGAUGAUCCUGACCGGGCAGAACUUCAGCUCCGAUUCCAAGGUCAUCUUCUUGGAGAAAACCCAGGACGGACAGCAAAUCUGGGAAAUGGAAGCAACAGUAGACAAAGACAAGAGCCAGCCCAGUAUGCUGUUUGUGGAGGUGCCGUCCUACCAGGACUCCUCUGUCUGCCAUCCUGUCAAAGUCAACUUUUACGUCAUCAAUGGCAAGAGGAAGCGCAGUCAGCCUCAGCACUUCGCUUACACACCACUGGCAUCUCCUUCCAUCAAGACGGAGCCCCUGGAUGAGUAUGAAGCGGACCACAUGGGUUUUGCCAUGCCUCAGAUCCUGGGUCUAUCCCCUCAUUCCUACUACCACACCCCCCGCAGCGCGCUCCACCCGGACAGCGGCCUGGUCUCCAGCCUGGCCUCCUGCCAGCGCCUCAGCUCCAGCCUCCCCACCCAGGACGCUCGCUUCCAGCAGCAGAGCCCGGCCAUCGUGUUCUCCCGCGGGGGGAAGAGUGUGAGUGGCAGCCCCAGCCUCUACCAGCAGAGCGGGGGGAUGCUGCCGGACCCCCACCGCUCGGUGCUGGUCCACACGGGCUCCUCUGUGGGGCCCAUCAGUGUUGGCCAGCCCUCCAUCAUCCAGUUCUCCCCCACCAACCACCAGGUGCUUCGGGGAGGAGACCCUGAUCCACAGGAGAUCAUCUACUGCGACGGCUACUCCCCACAAGCAGCAGCAACCGCACACUCCCCCACUCCCCCCCAGGUGCCCCAGCCUCAGCAUUACUCCACCGUGAUCCAGCAGCAGCCAUUGGUGCAGAAAGGGCAGCAGAAAGGAAGAGAUCCACCCGGCACGGGGCAGAUGGACGCUGACGGGCAGCGGAGGGUGACGGUGAAAGAGGAGAACCUGGACCAGGCCUACCUAGAUGAUGGUGAGUUGAAUGAGAUCAUAAGAAAGGAUCUGACGGGCGUUCAGGCGAGAGGGCAGACAUAGAGGCAGGAAGUGACAACACUCCCCCCCCCUCCUCGACACACACACACACGGUCUUCAACCUUCCAGUGAGGUGACGCACAUCCACAAACAAUCAGACCUUCUCUUCCUCCUUUUCUGUACCCAUAGAGAUACAAAUAUCAGCUGCUGUGUUUGCUUUGGAUUUUUUUAUUUUCCUGCAAUAAACAGUUUCAUUUGGCAAGAAUUUAUUUUGACUCACAACGUCUGCCACCCAGCAGGUUUCCAGCAAACCGAUGAAAAACAACAGGCGAACUACUUCAUAUUUUAUUUAAUUUUACAGAGAAAUAAAGAGACAACAUGUGGGGAAUUAAAUGUCUCCCCUUAAUUGCCUUAGCCAUUCUGUCCAGGCAAUAAACACCUGAUUGCCUCCUACAUGUUGGCCUGAUACUAGUGAAUGACUCUCAUGUAGCAGCUGUUAUACAUUUGUAGUAAACUAGUUGGUAAACAGCUUCAAUUCAUACCAAAAACGAUAUAACAAAUCACUUUUGCUAAAAAAACCUUUUCAUUCUUCUUGCACAAAGUGUGUAUUUAAUCUGUGUGUAACUCAAUAUGCAGUUUUACAUGGAAACAUUGUCCAAAGCUUACAUGCUGAUCAUCUCAUUUUAAGUGCAGUUUUCUAAUGGAAGUGAAGCGCACACUGCCUUAACCAUAAACAAAUGAAAUAUUGUGACACCUCCUAGUAUGCACUGUUUUUAAAAACAGGGGGUCAAUGUUAUAACUUUUUUAUAUAAUAUUUGUGAAUAAUGUGCCAAUUUAUAUGCGUAAAAUAUAUAUUGCAUUAUAUUCAGGUUAUAAUGCCAAAGUGGCUUCACAGGGGCCUGUCAUGCUACAGCAAUAGCUUGUAGCAUAACUUUUUGUAAUGGUUUAUAUGCUUUAGUUCAUUAGUUUUCAGUCUUGCAUAGACAUUGAUUUUAAAAGCUGGCUAAUGCAAGCUAAAGUGAGCAACUUUAUUGUGUCUAUUUGUAUUGCUCAUCAGUUGAAAGCAAGAUAUCCCAAAGCUUAUACUGAGUGUAUUGUUUUGUGUAUAGUUGAAAUUUGAGUCUACCCAUAAUGACAGUUGCUGUAUUCAGAAGCUUUAAUCUUGCCAAUGUAAAGAGCUUUCAUAUUUUCUGUAAUCGUCAUUAUACUUUAUACACACUGUACUCACAGGAGGGAAGCGGUGUGUAUAAAUCAUGGGCUAAUACAGCUUGGUUUGAUUUAAAAUAAAAGUGUAUUUUAAUAGAAUAUUUUUCUAAGAUUUCACUGAGUGAAUUGGAGUACAUUGAAAGUGCCAAGUGCAAUUUUUUUUUAUUGUAAAAAAAUGUUGAAAAUGAAGUAAAGCAUAUACAAAUGUAAUUUUAAAAAGAAGUUAAAUUGUAGGACUGAAUCUAAUUUUUUUAAAUAUUUGAUAUGGACCUAUUCGAUAGAAAAAUAAAAUGAGAAUUUAUUUUGUAAUAUUAUUAAAGCUUAUAUUGAUCUAUUCAUGAUAUUUCUUAUUGAGCCAGUGCAUUUGACAUUUCUUGAAUGUAAUCUAUAUUAAAUCCCCUUUUCUGUAAAUAUGACAUACAAAUUGUGUUGCCUUAAAGUUUCAGUAGACGCAAAUAGAAGUAAAUUGUUGUCUUUCAAGUAUUUUCCAUGUUUUUCUGUUAAUAACAUACACAAUGUUGUCGUUAUCAUCAUAUGGUUUGUCUGUUCUAUUACAAUGUAAAAGGUUUUCCCUAAAACUUUCACUUUAAUAGUUUUUAUUUUUCUUUAGUCAUUUGUUAUUAUAAUUGUAUAGUCUUUAGAGAAAUCAUUGUUAAUGAUAACUUUUUUUAAUACCGUUUUAUUUGAUGUGUUCAUAGUUGUCAUGUAUUGGUUUCAUUUUGAGUCUACUGGACUUCGUGCCUUCUUAAAAAAUCUCUGUUUUAUGCUAUUUUUGUAUCCGUAAAAAGUAGCAAUAAAUAAUAACCAUAUACAUCACGA